CUUAAACGAAAGUUGUAGUUCAGUGGUCUCGCUUCAAAAAAUAAAUACGCGGCUGAAAGAAAUUGUAACCCCGCGGAAUUCACGCCACUUGAGAGCAUGGAAGAAUCGACUAUUUGGCUCGUUCCAAACACUUCGCAGACUAUUCAGAUUGGAAUGGCAACUCGUGGAAACAAUAACAUUAAAAGGAACUAGCUAGCUACAACUUCAGUUUAUGAAUACAACAGAUUUUACGUGACGUUGAAGAGCGUUUGGAGUAAACCGUUCCUGUUGCUAAACGUUUUGCAAUAGAAUCGACGUAAUGAACACACCCCUGACUAGCCGUUCUCUUGUCGGCUGGCUGCUUGUCAUGAUCUGAAUCUGUUAGUGGGUUUGGGUGUGCGUUCCUGACAACAUUACUCUUCGUGCCCGUCGUCACCAUGGCAGCAGAGGAGAUCAUCAAUGUGAAGGAGGUGGAGAUCAUCAAGGUGAUCCUGGACUUCCUCAACUCCAGGAAACUUCACAUCAGCAUGCUGGCCCUGGAGAAAGAGAGCGGAGUCAUCAACGGACUCUACUCUGACGACAUGCUGUUCCUCAGACAGCUGGUGUUGGAUGGGCAGUGGGACGAGGUGCUCCAGUUCAUUCAGCCGUUGGAGUGCAUGGACACGUUUGACAGGAAAAGGUUCCGUUACAUCGUCCUGAAGCAGAAGUUUCUGGAGGCCCUGUGUGUGAACAACGCCAUGUCUGCUGAGGGCGAGCCACAGCAUUUGGAGUUCACCAUGCAGGAGGCGGUGAAGUGUCUUCAUGCUCUGGAGGAGGUCUGUCCCUCUAAAGAUGACUACAGCAAGCUAUGUCUGCUCCUCACCCUGCCUCGUCUCACCAACCACGCUGAGUUCAAGGACUGGAAUCCCAGCACGGCGCGGGUGCACUGUUUCGAGGAGGCGUGCACCAUGGUGUCAGAGUUCAUCCCUGCAGACAGGAAGCUGAGCGAAGCGGGGUUCAGGGCCUCAGGGAACCGCCUCUUCCAGCUCCUCAUUAAAGGCGUUCUGUAUGAGUGCUGCGUCGAGUUCUGCCAGAGCAAGGCGACAGGCGAGGAGAUCACGGAGGGCGAGGUGCUCCUGGGGGUGGACAUGCUGUGUGGGAACGGCUGUGACGACCUGGACCUGUCCUUACUGUCCUGGAUGCAGAACCUGUCCCACAGCGUCUUCUCCUGCGCCUUCGAGCAGAAGCUGCUCCAGAUCCACGUGGACCGCCUGGUCAAGCCCGCCAAGGCCGGCUACGCAGACCUCCUCACCCCGCUAAUCAGCAAGCUGUCUCCCUACCCCUCCUCGCCCCUCCGCCGCCCCCAGUCCGCCGAUGCCUACAUGUCCCGCUCCCUGAACCCGGCCCUGGACGGGCUGUCCUAUGGUCUGUCUGGCCAGGAGAAGAGGGGCCCUGGGGGGGACACGGCGGGGGGGAAGGGGGUGUCCCCCAUGUCUCAUUCCUUCGCUAACUACCACACGGGGGGCCAGAGUCUGAGCAGGAGUCUGAUGCUGGAGAGCUCCGACUGCCACAGCAUCUUUGAGGAGUCGCCUGAGAGCUCCAGGACGGACACGCCCGUGGAUAAGAUGAUGAGUUCGGGCACCCUGCGACCUGACUCCGCCCCUGGAGAGGAUGCCCCGUCACCAGGCUCUGCACAGAGGAACGAGCUGCAUGACUCGACAGAGAAGUUUGAGGAGUUUUACCGCCAGCGUCUGAGAGUGCAGCAGCACCUGGAGCAGAAGCAGCAGCAGAGACAACUCUACCAGCAGAUGCUUCUGGAGGGAGGGGUACAACACAGUGACCAGCCAGCCCCCGGGACAGACGCCACACAGCACAGCCUCACUGAGACGUUCCUCAACAGGUCUAUUCAGAAGCUGGAGGAGUUGAAUGUUGGGAUGGAGAGUCUCGAGGAGGAUGUCCAGUCUCUGGCCCAGCAGUGCAAUGGUACGGGCCCCUCUCCCGAGAACAGCAAUAUCGGUGACCCCGUAGGCUUGACCCCUGACCCCGCCGUGACCCUGACCCCCAAGCAGGGCCAGCCCCAUGGAGGAGGGGUGGUCAGCAGCACCCCACAACGCACCGCAGCGGGUCGGGGGGUACCCCCACCGAACGAAUCCCCCGUGGUCUCCCAGAGUCCUCAAGUAGCCGGACAGCCUUCCGCAUUAGACGACUCACCAGGAGCCCUAACUCGGAGUAAGGAGGGGGACAACGGGGACAAGCCCAAGGCCCUGUUUGUAGCUGUGAACACCCUGGAGGACACUCAGGCAGUGCGCGCUGUAGCCUUCCACCCCACGGGGGCGCUGUACGCUGUCGGUUCCAACUCUAAGACGCUACGCGUGUGUGCCUACCCAGAUGCACCGCUGGACACCAGUGGGGUGUCGGGUAUGACCAAGCAGCCGGAGGUUCGUUUUAAGAGGAAUAAGCACCAUAAAGGUUCUAUCUACUGUGUGGCCUGGAGUCACUGUGGAAAGCUACUAGCCACCGGCUCCAAUGACAAAUAUGUCAAAGUCCUGCCCUUCAGUGCCGAGACCUGCAACGCCACAGGUCCAGACCUUGAGUUCAGUAUGCAUGAUGGGACCGUCAGAGACCUGGCAUUCAUGGAGGGACCAGAGAGUGGAGGGGCCAUCCUGAUCAGUGCCGGAGCCGGAGACUGUAACAUCUACACUACUGACUGUCAGAGAGGACAGGGCCUACACGCUCUCAGUGGACACACAGGUCACGUUCUGUCUCUGUAUACGUGGGGAGGGUGGAUGAUAGCGUCAGGCUCUCAGGAUAAGACUGUGAGGUUCUGGGACCUGAGAAUACCCACUUGUGUUAGAGUGGUGGGCACUGCCUUCCAUGGAUCAGGCAGUCCCGUUGCCUCGGUAGCGGUUGACCCUAGCGGUCGUCUCCUAGCGACGGGACAGGAGGACAGCGGCUGUAUGCUCUAUGACAUCAGAGGGGGGCGCGUUGUGCAGACGUACCGGCCCCACUCCAGCGACGUGCGCUCCGUUAGGUUCUCCCCCGGGGCACACUACCUGCUCACUGGUUCCUACGACACCAAGGUCAUGAUCAGCAACCUGCAAGGUGACUUGACGAAGCCGUUGCCCCUGACUCUGGUAGGGGAGCACGGUGACAAGGUGAUCCAGUGCAGGUGGCACACACACGACCUGUCCUUCCUCUCCUCCUCCGCUGACCGCACCGUCACACUCUGGACACACAACACCUAACACACACACACGACCUGUCCUUCCUCUCCUCCUCCGCUGACCGCACCGUCACACUCUGGACACACAACACCUAACAGACACACACUCACGCAACACAACCCGUAAAACACACAAACCCUAACAUGCACAUAGCUCGCGAACACACACAAAUAUAGACACACAAACACAACCCCUAAGUCACAUAUAGUGGACAUGCGUAACCCGUAAUACACAACCUGGACACACAUAUGCACCCUUUUCCUUACACUCUUUUCCCUCUUGCAACAAACAGGACAGUUUGUCCCGCUGUACAUUUGGUUGUGUGGCUGUCUGUGGGUAUCUUUUGGCUGUAUUUAGGUUUGAUUUCGUAUCCUGCUCAGCUCCCCUCAACAUCACUGCUUCUGUGAACAACUCUCACUUUAGCAAAUGCAUCCCCUAGUUGUGUGUGUGAGUGAAAUGGGGAGAGUGGAAAAAGUGCACCAACUGACCCUCCCCUUCGCUCGCUCUAUCACUCCAUUCCUCCACUCAUCCCAUGACUCUUCACAUUUUCAUCUACAAAUGAUACAUCUACUCCAUCAUGUUUUGAAUAAGGAGAGGGAUGUUUUGCUAUAGUGCAUUGUCUCAUAUGGUGCCUUGAGUUAUCCAGUCUCCCAAUACAGAAACCCAUGUGGGUCCCUCUCCAUUUCAGGGUCAAAAAGAUUUAAGUUUUCUGUGAGCUCUUUUCAAGAACAAAUUGACAUUCCUAAUUAGUUUGCACAGUCAGUGUUUUUGUCGCAGCGUGUGUUACUACGCUGCUAUUAGUUGAGAAGAAACCAUGGCAACGAUGUUGCGAUCUAAACUGCUGACAAUAUAUCAGGUGCUCCUUGCCGGAGUUGUAAUCUGUUGCAUUGGUCGAUCAAUUAGCUAUCGCUUAGCUAAUUGACAAUUAGCUUAGCUGUUGUCAAUACUACUACUGUGGGAGUUUCUGAUGUCUAACGUUGCCGUGCAAGUCUGCCCGCCGCAUUUCUGCUUCAGGCUUUGUAAAUAUCGGAGACAAAAAUGUGUACAUUUGCUUGUACGUUUUUAAUGUUGAAUCAGUGUUUGGUGCAAAAUGCUGUCUUCAGACAGUUGUUAUGGUGUUUUUUUGCUACGGCUUGCCUGCAAAUAGGAAAUGAUAAAAUAGUUGUUUUAUAUCGACAUGGAAAGGGAAUAACAGAUCUACUUUUUGGCUUGGCCAGCUUCAGUGUACGGUUAAGCAACCCUCCCUGUGUAGUGUAGCUUUGCUUUCAUCUGCAAUGUUACUGGUUGCCACCUAGAUGGCAGGCUCUGUCUAUUUCGAAAGGGAGUAGUUUAUAGCACAAUAUCUUAUCAAAUUAUAAACCCGUAUUGACGGUGUUUUGCGUUUCUUACUUUCAGUUUCCGUAUUUUGCACUUUGUCACUAGACCCACCAUUUAAUACAGUUUUGUUUGAUUUGUCAAAAAAUCAGGCUUGAGUUUUAGGCUUUGUUCUUUGUGUACAGAUUCUCAUUUUAAAUUAAAAGGCCAAACUAAUAAAUAGAUGUAUUUAUUUAUCUUUUAUUUUAAAAUUGUAUUGUAAUAUAGGCAUCCUUUUCUGUUGAUAUGAAAUUAGAUAGUGUUUCUGGUAUGUAGCUUUUCUAAACCUUGUUUUAAGUGACUAAGAGAAAUGAAUAGAGCUUAUUGAAGUGUGAUCGCUGCUGUGGUAUCUAAAUAAAAUCCUCUUUGACAUUUCA